AUGCACUGGUCCGCCACUCUCGGCUUUUUGUGCCGUUUGUACUUUUCUAUUUCCUGCUGCAGCGCCAGGAAACUCACCCCGUCGUCUAUGCUCCGUUUAACAUUCAUUAGGACCCUCAUGUCGUUGGGCAUUGCCUUAUCCUGCAGCCGCAGCAGCAAAGGCGAGUGUUGCACUACAUCAACAUCUUAG